AUGGCGGGUCGAGGUUUUUUAAAGAGCCAUUUGCCCCAGGCACCAAAAUCUGAUGAAGGAGAACCAAAACCAGAUGAAUUGCCAAAAUCUCUAGAUGCGUCAAACAAUGUUCCAACAAAACGAACAGCAGUUGUAAAUCCAGAGGCCAUAAUUUCUGGCCGUAUACAUAGUGUUCGAGGAAGACGAGUAAAUAUUAACUAUUUUUGCACUUAAAAAUUAGAGACUUAAUAAAUAAGUUUAUUUUUUAAAAUAUAUUCUUAUUGAAUAUUUAAUAGUUUUAAAAUUUUAUAGGUAUUAAUAUUAAUUCUUUUUUUUAAAUUAUAAAUAAUUCAAUAUCCAUUGAGGGAAAAACAAUAGGCAAUUUGUUUUGUUUAAAUCCCUUUAAUACUAUGGACCACUUGCAAUGGGUUGUAGACCACCACAAUUUACAUGAGCAGAUAAGAGCACAAAAUAAAAAAAUAUCUCCUUUUUCCUGUUGUGAUCUACUCAAAAAAAUAUUAAAUUUUUAAACUACCCCUAAAUAUAUAUUUUAUAUGUGUGAUUCCUAAUAAAAAUAAACAAAUGUUAGUAAGAUUGAAUAAUAAUAUUUUACUAUUAAGUGAAAAAUUAAAUAUGUUAAGGAUAGUGUGGUUUCUAUUUAAAUAAUGUAUAAAUUUAGCAUGAUAUGUUUAUUUAUUAUAAAUAUUUCAUAUUGAUUUAAUUCAUAUGUUAGCAAUUUUCAAGGAAAUCUUUAUGUUAAUAAACAUUGGUCUAAAGUCUAAACCAUCGUGUAAGAAUUGAAUUUAAAAUUGAUGACCAAUUCUAAAUAUAUAAGUUGUAGUUUUAAAUCAUUAAAAAAUAUUAUUAAUUUAUGUUUUAAAAUAUUUUUCUGUAUACAGUUUGUUAAAUGUGAAAUUAAAAAUUAUUCAAUUUAUUAAUAACUUAAAUAUUUUAAUCAAAUUGAUUUUUUUGUUAAUAGGCAAUGUUGGCACAUCUUGCUGUUGCUGGUCAAGAUCCUGAAUCAAAAAUAACAGGAUUAAAUCAGAAUAUAAUCUCAACAUUUUCAAAUUUGGACCUGGAAAAACCAGCUUUGUUGUUAGUAUCCUCCUUUAUCAUUAUGACUUGAUUAGCACUAUAUAUUCAUAUAUUUUGUUUGAUUAAUAAUAUAUUAUACUAUUUUAAAGAUUUUGAUGUAAUCUGAUAUAAUAUUAUAUUCAUUAAGACGUUUCAUAGGAGUCGUGUUCAGGCAAUUUCUUGUUUUGUUGAGUUACACAGUGUCUUUGUAUGAGAUGUAAAUGGUUAGUGUGUGUGACUUAUAUUGUACAAGUAUUAUAAUAAAACGGUUUUUUGAUAACUGCAGGAUAAUAAUUAAUCAGUAAACAUGCAGUACCUUUUUAAUUUUAGAUAUUUUUAAAUUUCUUUAUUAACAAUUUUACAAUGUUUAGUAGUAAGUUAUUAAUUUACCUUUAUAUUAUAAUGUUUAUUACCUACAUAUUGGGCACGCUUCAACGAUUUUAUUUUGGUUUUGACAUUUUCAGUUAUGGAUAGAACGUGUUAUGAGGAGUACAAUAAACUAAUUUUUAGCCUGGAAGUCAAAGGGUGGCAUACACAAGGUAUAAAGAUUUUUUUUUUUUAUUUAAAAAAAAAAAAUUGCUGUAGACAGGGUAUGGUCUAGUAUAUACCUAAUAGUUUAUACUUAGUAAUAGUACUAAGUAUUGAAUUUUUAAACUUAAAUAAUAUUAUAACAUGUGAUUGUAUCCCAAAUAAUCACAUAAAGUUCACACGGUUCAUUAGUUAAUAAAUUAUGUAUUACAAUAUUACAGUGAAUUACAUAAAUAUUAAUAAAUUAAUUAACUAAAUACUAAGUAUGUUAUAAACUAGUCCUUAGGGAAGUCCUCUGUCAAGCGGAAAGUCUAUUAAUUCUGGAAGUAAACACUUGAUAUAGAUUUUUUCAUAUUUAGUUCAAUUUUUUUCCAGAGUUCAUUGUCUUUUAUGAUCUGAAACAUUUGUAUGAUUUAAUUUAUGAUUAUAUUUUCCUUGUUAUUAUAAAAUAAUAAAAUUGUGAAAUUAUACUAUUCUCACUUAAGUGCUUUUAUUUAAAAAAUGGUGUCAAAAAUAAAAAAAAUGACUUGUUUAAAGUACCAUCUAGACAAUUUCAGCUUUCAAAAAAGUUGCUACACAUAAAAAUCGGAGCAAGUUUACUAUGAAAAAACAUGUCCACAGAAAAAGAAAGAAAAAAUUAACAUUUUAGUAAAACUAAUAGCUCCCUCCCUACGCUCAGAAUCCCUUUUUCUUAUAUUUUCAAUUUUUUUCCAUUUUGUAUUUUAUUAAAAAAAUAUUUUACUAUUAAAAAUUACCUAUGGAGACAAGAGCAGUAGUGCAAUAGGUAGUGAACAUACUACGUGAUUGCAGUUAAAACAAGAAUAUUAACAAGCAUAAUAAUGUUAAUUUUACAAAAUAUCAUGGUUUUACUAAGUAUUAAUAACAUUGCCAUGUGUUUUAUUUAAACCUAACCUAACCUAACCUAACGCAAACAAAACAGUCUGUAUCCAAUCACCUUAAUAGUAUUAUACUAUAUUUCCAUGUAAAAUUAAAUAUAAAUCAGAAGUUAUAUGUUAUAUAUCACUAUAACAAUAUGUAUAUAUAUAUAUACUCUUGUUUCAAAAGAGAACAUACUGCUUCGCCAACCAGUUUUUGUUCCUGUCCAUCUCCAGUUCAGCUUAUUGUGAACACACAGUCCUACGCAUAGUACAUAUCUGGUGUUUUAUUUUAUAGUUUUACACAUUAUUAUGGACCUACUUGGACUUGGUCAGAUAUCAUAAAUUAUAAAUAAUUUAUUUGAAACCGACAAUAGCGGGAGAAAAUCAGGAUGACCGCCAGCCAUCAGUCGACAUAUAAAAAAGUGAUAUGUUAUAUAUAUAUAUUAGUUUCUGACUGAAGUGAGGAAUGUAUUGGUUUAAAAGGAUGUUUUUAUUUUUUUUGCUGGAAAUCUUAUUCAGAUGAACCCAGUGUUUAUUUUAUUUAUUUAGUACUUUAGGGAGGUUGAUUUUCCAAGUGAUUUUCAUAAUAAUUGGGAAACACCUGACAAAUAUUUUUAAUAAAACAAUUUCAUAAUUUUAUAUUUUUGUAACUUAUGUUUUCUAUUAGAAAUGUUGCUCUUAUAAAAAACUGAGAAGAUAUUGUUGAUGCAUUUUUAAUCUACUUGGUGAUUUUGAAAGUUAUUUAAGAUUUUUUGUUGUUUUUUUUUUUAAUGUAAUUCAGUUAAAAAUAUUUGUAAAGAUUUACUUGAAAUUGUACAGAAAACUUGUAUUUUCUAGAUGCAUACAAUUUUCAAAACAUUUGAGUCAUUGUUGAGUUAUUUAUAGAUAUUUCAAUUUUGCAAGUUAUUUUAUGUAAUUUUUAUUUGGUAAGUUACUCCAUGGAUAAAAUUUGUUACACAAAAUAGAAAUUCUUAAAAAUUUAACAAGAGGUUUAUAAUAAAGUGUACUUAGUAGUCAACAUAAAAAAGUAAUAUUUGAUGUAAUAUGUAUAUUUUUUUUUAUAAGACUUUAAAUCUAAUUACGAAGAAAAUUUUAAAUAAUUAUGGUCUUUAAGUCUUUAAAACAUGUAUAACUGAAUGUGGCUCAAAAUUGCUUUUAGUUUGCAAUAAUUUAUCAUUAUGUACAGCUAUACAUUAAAUUCUCCUUUAUAUUCUACCUUUCCAACUUUUCAUCAACAACAAUAGCCAGCCCACCCAUUGUGUGAAGUAUAUAAUUCUUUUUAUAUAUUAUAUUUGUAAUUUUUAUUAUUUCCUAUCAUCCUACCUAAUAAAUUAUAUUAUUUUAAGAUAGAUUAUGAAAUAUUAUAAUGAUUAAAUUACUGUUUCUACUAAUUGAUGUUCAAAAAUUGAUUCAAUUUUUUUUUUUGUAUUUUAUUUAGGCCAUCAACUAAGUUACCAGAAAAAAAAAAAGAUAUAGUUUCUAGAACGCAUACAGCAGUAAUUGCACCACAACCAGAACUUGUUCAAGAAAAAGAUAUACCUCUAUUAAAAGAAAAAGAAAAUUCUCCCUUACUAUGCAAAGUUUUAAAGAAAUCUGAUAAAGAUUCUUAUCAAAUGUAUGAUCAUUUUAUUUUAUUUUUCUUAAUUUAUACUACACAAGUUCAUAAAUAAAUAUGAUUAGAAGUAAAAUAAUAUAUAUAUAAUAGCAUUUUAUUAGAAAUGCGUGUUGUGCACAUUCAAGAUACGAUGUCUGUUAAGCUUAUGUAAUUUAUUUUACCUAAUGAUUAUAUAAUUAAUAGUUAAUAGUAUAAAUCUUACAAAAUUUGUAUAUAGGUAAAAAUGUGCUGCUUUCAACCCUCUUUAUUCUAUUUACGCUUAUUUACUAGUAAACAUAUAAUUUUUUUUUUAUAAGAUAUUCCGAAUAAUAGAAACAAUUGAUUUGUGUUAUUAUAUGAGUUUAAUAUAUUAAUUCGAGUUGUUGAACUCUGAUUUUUAAGGUCAAACCAAAUGAAACCAAACUUUCCUUAAAAUUAAUAAACCAAACUUACAUAUUUUUAUUUGAAAUCAAACUGAACUUUUAUAGUAUUUUAUCCCACUUGAACAUUAAAAAAAUUAAAAAGGUUAAUUUAGCUUCGUUAACCUUUAGGACCUUUACCAAUUUACGAUUAUGAGAUCCACUAAUAAGAAAAACAAGAAUUCUUCUUUUUGUAACAAGGUGGUGGGAUAGAGCAGUUGCAGAACAUUAUUGUCUUGGUGUUGAUUGAUUUUCGAAGUGAAUUUAUUUAGUUCGGUUUCAUUAUUUGCAAUUUGAAGUUCGAUUUUUGAACAGUUUGUCACAUCUCUAAUUUAUAUAUAUUUAUAUUUAAAAAUAAUUUUACUUAUUUAUUUUUUUGACCUAAUGUAAUAAAAUGUGUUAUUAGAUUUGAAAGUGUGUGAAAUUUUUGUAAAUUAAUUUUAAGGAUUAUUUUAUUUUUGGUGUAUUUAUUUAGGACCACAUUGUCAUCUAAUUACAUAAAGGUUGAGUUAGAAGAAAACAAAGGUAUAUAUGAAUACAAAGUUGAUUUUGAUCCUCUAAUUGAUGUUAAAUCUGCAAGAUUUUUUUUGCUAAAUCAACACCGAAAAGAACUUUCUGUGAGAACUUUUGAUGGAGCAUUGCUUUAUAUGCCAACAAUGUUGCCCAGAAAAGUAUAUUACAUUUUUAUAUGAUUAUUUAUUUGUAUAUACUUUCUUUACUAUAAAUUAUUAUUUUUUGUUUAACCAAGGAAACAACUUUAGUAUCAACACUAGAUGAUGGAUCUGAAGUGAAAAUAACUAUAACAUUUAAGCGUAAAAAUUCCUUGCGGGAGUGUAUACACUUCUACAAUGUUUUUUUGCGUACGAUAAUGAAAAUUCUAGGUUUGAUUGAAUUUGGUAGAAGUUGUUAUGAUAAAGAUAAAAGGAUUCUCAUUCCUGAAUUUAAGUGAGAUUUUAAUAAGCAUUAUAUAAUUUAUUAAUAAACUUAAUAUAUAUCUUAUUUGUUUAUUGUAGACUUGAAAUUUGGCCCGGUUACAUAACUACAAUUGACGAAUUUGAAGAUGGUCUUUAUAUGUGUGCUGAAGUUUCACAUAGAAUUUUACGAUGUGAAACAGUUCUUGAAAUAAUGUAAGAAAACUAUGUUAUUCAUAUUUUAACUUUUAGUUUAUAAAUCAUGUUUUAAAAUUAAAAUUGUUUGGUUCAUGUAAAUUAAAAAAAAAAAAUUGUUUAGAUAAUUAUGUAAUAUAAUUUUAUGAGUAUCAUUGCAAUUAAAGUUUGAUAUAUUUUUACCUCAGUCCCUCAUACUUUAAAUAAGUAUUAACUUCUGAUUUUCAAAUAGUAAAUAUCUUUUUGAAUACAAAUUCCAACAUAAUAUGGUUUUACAAUAUGGUUUAAAAUUGUAUAGAACUAUAAUAUUAUAACAGUUAUUAGAUUCUCCUGAUUUUUUGAGAAAAGAAUUUACAAUGGAAUCCCCUUUUAUCCUGCCCACAAUCGGUCUCCUUUCAUUAUUCCUAAUCACACCACCUCAUAUAGCCUUAACCACUCUCCACUUAUCCUGUCCAUACAUAUUUUCAAUUUAGAUGUGCCUAUAUUUUUAGAAUUUUUAGUAAUAUAUGUAUAUUGUAUUGUUUGUUACUAGUCGGCAUUUAUUGUAAAUAAAAUGAAAUAAAAAUAACAUAAUUAUUUAGUUCACUUAAAAUUGCUUGUUCAUAAUAAAUGGAUAACCCUAUAUAUAUUAUUAUUCUGUAAUUAGCCACAUUACUCAUUGUAAGAGCUUAACAAAUUGUGUUGAAAAUAAUUAUUUAUGUAAUGUGUUAUAAAAUACUUUUUUUAUUGUACAGGGUUGACAUGGGUAGACAGGCAUCAGGUUCCAAUAAGGAUACCAAACUUGAAAUAAUGGCUGCUUUAUGUGGAUCCACAGUAAUAACACAUUAUAACCAUAAAACUUAUAGAAUUGAUGAUAUUGAUUUUACAGCUACUCCUUUAUCAACAUUUGACCAAAAUGGUAAACAAGUAAGUUAACUUAUUUUUAUUAAUAAAGAUCUCACUUCUAUUUUAAGAUGAUUAAAGUUAAAUAUAACGUAGUUCACUUGUUAAUAAAGCCUAUUUUUAGAUAUCCUUUGUUGAUUAUUAUAAAAAAAUGUAUAACAUUGAAAUACAAAAUCUUGGUCAGCCCAUGCUUAUAACAAAAGCUAAGAAAAGAGAUAUUAGUAACAAAAAUUCUAAAGUUAGUUUGAAUAAUAAAGAUAAUUAUAAUAUCCAUGACUUAUUUUACGUGGCUAAAUUUAAUUUUUAAAUCCAUAGGAUUCAGAUGUUUGCUGCUUAGUUCCUGAAAUUUGCAAUUUAACAGGACUAACUGAAAUAAUGAAAUCAGAUUUUAAGUUAAUGAAAGCACUUCAAAUGCAUACUUUAGUUACACCACAAGUUCGACAACGUGCUAUUAUCGAUUUCGUGAAUAGUAUAAAUGGUAUACAUAAUAAGUUUUUUUUUAUUUAACACAUUGAUGGACACUUGUAAUAUAAUUUUUACUGUUAUAUUAGUAGUGUUUUACCUAUAUCUAAAAUGUAUGUAAAUUGUCAGUGAAGACUGUCGUAAUAUGAUAUUUUACAUAUUACUGUUAUAGUAGCAAUGCCCAUCAAUGUAUUAAACCACCCUUAAGUUAAAUGAUAAAUAAGAAUAAUUUAUUCAUAUAUUUAUUAAUUGAAGUAUUUCUUUAAAAAGUAAUAUUAUUAAAACCAAAUAUUAAUUUUUGAUGAACAUGUUCCUAAUAGAUAAUGAAUUAGCUAGCAAGAAAUUUAAAGAUUGGGGAUUAAUUGUACGUCCAGAGCCAGUUAAACUGAAAGGUCCAGUAUACAAACGAGAAAAUAUAAUAUUGGGAAAUGGUAUGAGAAAGCAAGUUGGAGUUAAUAUGGAUUGGGGAAUAGAUGUAGCAAAAAGUGCAAUGUUUAUAGCAGUAUGUACUAUUUAAAAAAAUAUAUUUUGUACAUCUUACAAUUUUGUUAAUAUAUUGUUUAAAAAAAUCUCUUAUUAUAUUAUUUUUGUUAAUAUAAAUUUUUUAUUCAGUUACUGAUUCAUAGAAGGACACUUAUUAUCUUGGAAAGUGUUAAUUCUUUUGGAAUUUGUUUUAUAGAUAAUUUUGGAAACAAGCAGCUUUACAAUUUCAUAUUUAUGUUAUUUUUUGUCACCCUUAUUUUUGGGUGGUAAACUACACCUACUUUUGAUUUUUAAAUAGUAAUUAUGUAAAAAAAAUCCAUAAAUAUAUUGCAUAUUAGUUAAAAUAAAUUUUGAUGAAGAAAUUGUUUAUUUCUGUCAAAUCAUUGAGGACAUAUUCUAUUUUUAAUCUAUGGUUGGAGAAGAGUUGUAGUGUAUUAUUAACACUAUGGUACGACACAAAUAAAGCUCCACUAACUACUCUCCCCAGUCCAAACUUAAAAGUGGAUUAUUUUUUCAAUAGAUUGACGAAAGUCAACAAUUUUAACACAACAUUUAUUUUAACUAAUACUCCAUCUAUUUAUUGAAUUUUGUUUAUAUGGGUUACCAUUUUAAAAUCAAAAGUAAGCAGUGGUCUAAUACCCAUAAAUAAAGGUGAAAAAAGAUAACAUAAAUGUAAAAUUGUAAAGCUGAUUGUUUCUUAAAUUUUCAAAAAAAAAUUCCAAAAACAGUUAAUACUUUUGAUAGAUUGAACAUUGUAUACAUCAUGUUUUUCUUUAUAGGUAAAUUUAUCAAACUGGGCUAUUUUGUUUAAUCCAAAAGAUGAACCAACAGCACAAGCCUUUUGCAAACAGUUGGCCAUAUGCGGAAGACCUCUUGGUAUGAACAUAAAUCCGCCAAAACCUGUUAAAAUUUAUGGAACAAACCCAGAAGUUUUUGUCAGUUCUAUUAAUAAUACUAUAAAAUGCAAUCCAGAAUUGGAAUUGAUGGUUAUUAUAUUCCCCAAUCAAAGAGAAGAUCGCUAUAAUGCAGUAAAACGUAUUUGUUGUUCAGAAUUGGGAAUUCCAUCUCAAGUAAAGGAGUAUAAAUUAUUAUUAUUCAAAUUUGCUUAUUUUUUUAAACGAAAAUGUUAUAAUCAACAAUAAAAUAUUGAUAUAUCAAUUACUAGAAAAAAGACAUACUUCGCACAAUUGGUGGGUUUCUGUUGUAGGUAAGAAGUUAGAAAUGUAGGGUAUAGAAGGGAAUUUAAUGUAUAUCUGUUUAAUUUUAAUCGCAAAUUAAUCUUUGCUAAUGAAAGAGGAUUCUAAGCGGAGUUCAAUUAUACAUGUUUUGAAAGUAUUUAAUAUUUACUAUUUUUUUCAAAACAUGAUAUUAAAAUGUUUUUAAAAAAAAUAUAACACUAAAUAAUAUAAACAUUAUUUUUGUAAGUUUUCCUGUUUUUCUUAUUUAUUGGGAAAAUCAAAAAGUGAUCUCCCCAGGAAAAUUUGUUUUUAGAAAAGUUGCUAUACAUUGUACAAAGCAAGAAUUUUUGCACACUGUGUAUAUAAAAAAAAAAAAAAAUCAUAAAACUGAUACUAAUUGUAAUAUGAACUACUUUUAAUAGAUAGUGCUGUUUUGGAACAUAUAAUCUAUAGUGUCAUAUUUUUCUACUAAAUGGAUAACAUAUCUAUCUAUACUACUACUGCUAUGUAAUGAUAACAUCUAUCAAUAUAUAUUUACAAAUUAAAUUUGUUUGUAUUAAAUAUUAUGGUUAUAAGUUCAAUGAUAUAACAUAUUAUCACUAAUAUUAGUAUUUAAGAUAUAAUUUUAUAAUCAAUAUGAUUUAAUUUUAGAUUCUGUGUGGAGCAAAGAAGCUUAUGAUUUUAUAAAAAUGUUUAUUUAUUUUUUACAUUUUCUGUGGAUAACUUUUCCUAAAAAGAAAUUGACUGGAGAGGUAUUUUAGAGAUCAUUUUUAGAUUUUCCAUUGUUUUCCUAACAAAUUAGAAAACAAGAAAAACCUUGGAAAAUAGAUACAAUUUUAAACAAAUAUUAUCAAUGAAAAUAUAUAUUGCCUAUGCAAUUAUUUUACCAUAAUAUGACAUGUAUUAUAUAUUGUUGAAGAAGCACCACUAUCAAUUAUUGAACACUGCUCAUAGUUUUUUUCAUUAGACUCUUCACUGUAAGUUGACCUGCUUCUGUACAUGUUUGUCUGUGUAGUAGUGUGUACAGAGGAGUUGUUUCAAGCGGUUUUCAUGAGUGGGUUAACUUAUGGUGAAUAGAGUAUAGCAAUGGUUAAUUGUUGAGUACAGAUAUACAUUAAAUUUCCCCUCUACUACCUUUCUAACUUCUCACCUACAACAGUGGCUGUACCUACAGGCAAAAUAUGUGAACAUUUUGAAAGAUAUACUCAGAAUAACAUAAUAAUUAACAAAUUGUAUUUAUAUUUCACACUUGUAAUUAAAAUAUAAAUCUCAUAAUGCACAUAAUGAUAAUAAUAUAUAUAUAUAUAUAUAUAUAUAUAUAUAUAUAUUAUAUGUUGCAGGUUAUUAUUUCUAGGACAUUAUCCAGACCAGAUCGUCUAAUAUCAAUAACUCAAAAAAUUGCUUUACAAAUUAACUGUAAAUUAGGAGGUGCAUGUUGGGCAGUUGACAUUCCAAUGGUAUGAUGUUUAAAUUAUACAUUUAUUUUUGUAAGAUUCUAAGUUGUUUUUUUAUCAAUUUAAUAAAUUUAUCAUUGAUAACUGUUUGAUAUUUUCAGUAUUAUUUAUAAAAUAUAAUUUUCUUUAGUUUCCUAUUAUUCUAUUUAUAAAUAUAUCUUUUGGGGAGUAUUGAAUUCUGUAAAAAGUUUAAUCUGAACAUUUGAUUUUAAUUUUCAAACAACCAAUUUCGUUCUAGAUAAAUCUAGAUCAAUUUCCUAAUCUUGUAAUUUUUUUUAAAUUAUGAAAAGCUAGAAAAAAAAGUAAAAAGAAAUUUCAGUAAUUAUUAAACUUUGAUUUCUGAGCCCUUCACAUUAGUUUUUUUGUGUGCAAUAAUACUUAAGCGUGGUUGUGUUUAACAGUUUUUAAAUUUUACUUCAUAUUUUUUCCAGUUGAGAUUUUAUAAAUAUUUAACUUCCAAUUAAUAUUAUGAAAAACAAGUUUUAAUACAACUAUUGUUACUUUUUAUUAUAGAAAAAUACCAUGAUUGUUGGAAUUGAUGUAUAUCACGAAAAAGGUAAGCAAUUAAGCAGUGUGGUAGGUAUUGUAGCUUCUAUGGAUAAAACCUAUACUGAAUGGUGUUCAAUGGCUGCAAUGCAAAAAAGUACUCAUCAAGAACUCUUGAACUCAAUACAGGACGCUUUCCAUAAAGCUGCGGACUUAUUUAAAUCUGUUAGUUUUGUUUAAUAUAAAUUUAAUGUAUAAUUAAUAAAUUAAAUUAUAUUUUUCUAUUUUAGAAAAAUGGAGUAUUGCCAGAUAAGAUUGUUAUAUAUAGAGAUGGUGUUUCUGAUGGAGAUUUAAAGCAUGUAGAAGAGAUAGAACUAGAGGAUUUAGAAAAUUCAUUCAAAAUCUAUCCCGGAAAUUACAAACCUAUGAUAACAUGUAUAAUUGUCCAAAAACGAAUCAAUACAAGAGUUUUCAAGGUAAUUUAUUAGAUUAUAUUUAACUUGUUGAUUAUAAACUAUUACUGAAUCUUAAUAUUGAAUCAACUGACUAUUUCAUUAUACUUAUAUUUAGUAUUAUAUACACUAUUAUUCUAUUGAACAGGACUUAUAAUUAUUAUUAUUUCAUUAUUAUUAAAUUGUUAUACCUGUUCAACUUUAUUCUCUGUUUAUUUUUAUUUUUUUAUUAGUAUUGUGAAAGCAAAUAUUCAAAUCCAAGUUCUGGAACUGUUAUAGAUAGUACUAUAACAAGAAAAAACUUUUUUGAUUUUUUUUUAGUUUCUCAACAUGUGCGACAGGUUUGUUAAAAUAAUAACAUUGUUUUUUUGUACAGUUUAAAAUAUUUUUAAAAUUGGUUGUGUAUGUGUGUUAUAGGGAACUGUUAAUCCUACUCAUUACAUUGUUUUAAAAAAUGGAUGUAACUUGAGUUGUGAAAAUAUUCAAAGAUUGUCUUACAAGCUGACACACUUGUACUACAAUUGGUGUGGCACAGUCAAAGUUCCUGCUCCUGUACAAGUAAUUAUGAAUUAAAUAUUCUAUUUUAAAUUUAAUAUUUUGUUUAUUCAGUAAUUUAUAAAUAUAAUAAUUAAACAAAUAUAUAUAUUUAUUUUAUUGUUAUUUUGAUUUUUGAUUUUUUUUUUUUUUGCAGUAUGCUCAUAAACUGGCAUAUCUUAUAGGACAAAAUGUCAGGCAAAUGCCUGAUGAAAAAUUGACCAACACUCUCUUUUUCCUUUAA